CAUCGUCCUUGACUGAUCCCACUACUGCGCCCAUUAUGCCUCUUUUCCCUGUGGGUACGGGUGUCGCUCCUGACGCAGUCUCUUCCCAGAUGGAGUCAGACCCCGUGAAAAGAACACAGUCACCAUCUGCGGCGACGAAAAUCAAAAACCGGCGCAAGCGCUAUCUGGACAUGCACCCGGAGUAUUUCUCUGCUGAUCUCGAGCUAGCCGACCCGUUGCUGUAUGAUCGCUUGAUCCGUCGAUUCCAGACUCCAGCCGAGAGGGAGGCUGAAGGACGCGCCAAAGGCUUCUCAGGUGUGCUGCAAGCGGACCUAUGUAGAUCCGAGGCCAAGUUCGAGGCUCUUUCCCAUCCUGAUCCUCACGCCAUGUUCAGCUAUACUCGUGGUCCAAACGGAGAGAUCCUCGCGGAAGAUAGAGACGAAAUUCCCCCGAAUAAGGAAGAAGGGGAGAGGGCGUGGCGAUGGGAGAUGACCUUGCGGUUCCUGAGGGGUGAAGAUGGCGAUUUCGACUACGCCUCGGUUGAUGACAAUGACGAGUAUGAUGAUUGGAACGCCGAGCAGGAAAAGUACUUUGAUGAUGAAGAACCAGAGUGGCUUGUUGAAGGAGUAGACGAUGGAGAAGUCAAGUCCCAUCUGCAAGGCGAAACUGGUAUUCAGGAUUUCUGAUAGUCAAAUCAGGACUCUCCGGUGUCGCUCAUCUGGGUGUUGUGGCUUGACUUAGAAGUCCUGGUGGCCAGUUACGCUUUGCGUUUUCCCUCGAAAUAUGCGCUUACCUGCAGGUCUUCACUUGUUCAGCUGCUUUGCGGUUUUGGCAAGGGAGCGGAAGUUUUUGCUGCGCUUGUUUGCAGUUUGUUCUCGCCGAAUGGGCUGGGACCCCAUUUUCAUAUCACACGAUCAAAACGUCAUUAAUGACGCAUCUUCCAUAUCCGUAAUGGGAAUGCCUCGUAGCUCCUGCUUUAGCAGACCCUCUCGCCCUCAUGCCGAACUGAGUGCAGUGCUCUUCGCUGUAUCUGAAUAAGGAUGAAUUGCAUUCCGUGGAUAUGCCUACUGAACCAGGCUCCUAUAUCCAGGAUGAAACUAUACUUGCUCGCGGCCAGAUUGAGCGUUAGUGAUGUCACGUCCCAUUCGGUCAUCAGCCUCACUACUUCGCAGGACCAGCAUCUUGGUGACUCCGUCGGCCAAGUGACCUCAUUAAAGGCCUCAAAUAUGAUGUCUGUUAUUGCUCAUGCGCUGAGCGUUUGUGCUGCGGAUGCAGGAACAACAUAGUCAAGUGGUUGAGCCAUGUUGCCUUGGUCCAUUUCAAUGUGCUUUAGGAAGUUGGGGAAGGAUGGAACGUCAGACUAGCGGCUGGUCUUUCUUCGGUUAGUGUUAACGCUCGUCUAUAGCAUCAAUGCC